AUGGCCUGGGACUCCCUGUGCAGUGGGGACUUAAUGCGCCCCAGGAUAAGAAGUGCCUCAAGCUGGACGCCUGGCAGCUGGAGCCGUGCCGGAACGCUGUCGCUGGAGGAGCUGCAGUGCCUGCUCUGGAAACACACACCUCCCACAGGGCACAUGGAUGAAGUCUGGCCAAACCUUUACGUGGGAGACCUGCACAUUGCUCGUGACAAAGAGCAGCUGAGCCGAAUGGGCAUCUCCCAUGUUGUGAAUGCUGUUGCUGGGUGAUCUCACAUCGACACUGGACCCGAGUUCUACAAAGACCUGCCUGUGGAUUACUAUGGAGUAGAAGCAGAGGACAGCCCUAACUUUGACCUCAGCAUUUACUUCUACCCAGUUGCUCUACACAUAAAAGCAGCACUGAAUUCCCCAAGAGGCAAAGUACUAGUUCACUGUGGAAUGGGAAUCAGUCGAUCUGCAGCUCUUGUCCUCGCUUUCUUAAUGAUCUGUGAAGAUAUGUCCCUUGCUGACGCAAUUCAGACUGUGCUCUCACACAGAGGGAUCUGCCCCAACUCUGGCUUCCUCAAGCAGCUUUGGGAGUUGGACCUCCAGUUAGGAAGGGGGCAAGGCAGAGAAGCAGAGCCCUGCUAG